CCACCAAAGGACCCUAACAAAAGAAAAAAAUAAAAUAUCAGAACCAGUGUUAUCAUCUCUGUAAGAGCAAACAACAACAAUGGCUUCCUCCUCAGCUUUUUCUUCUUCUUCAAAUCUCUCUGCAAUUUUCCCAACUUCUUCAUCAUUCAAUUCCCAAAUUACCCCUCUAUUCCCAAACCCAUCUUCCUAUUUCGACAAAAUUUACAGAAAAAAUGUACUCAGAAAAUCAUCAUUAUCUUGCUCAGCAGCGAAACAACAAACUGGACCAGUGAAGAAACGUACAUCUCCAAAUAAUACCAAGAAGAAAAAGAAACCCAUUUCGAAUUUUGAAAGCGAUGUUGGAGAAAUCGAUGUUGAAGUUGAAGAAAAAGGGUUACAGUCUUCUGAGCGUUAUCAUCCUUUACCGCUACCUAAACCUCCAGCUGGGUUUGUUUUAGAUGAGCAGGGUAGAGUUCUCAUGGCUUCCAAUAAGCGUAUUGCUACAAUCGUUGAUUCUACCAACAAUUUUCCACUGGAAUGUGUCAUCAGGAGGGUUUUUAGAAGUACACGAGGAGAUGAAUGUCUACUACUUUGUCCUGUUGAUAUGCCUGUUCAGAUCUUAAAGAGCACAAAUGUCGAGGGGUGGUCUGCUGUAAGCGAUGAAGAAGUUGAAGCUAUCCUACCCACUGCAGCCUAUGCUCUAGCCAAGAUACACAUGCAUCUGGUGUACAGUGGAUUCUGUUACACAGCACGAGGAGGAUGUUGCUACACAGAGGAUGACAUAUUUGAAUUUAGAACAGAUGAUGGUGAUGACGUAGAUGGCUUGCCAAGUGAAGGCAUAGAAAUUACAUGCUUCCACAUGGAUGGUUCUCACUAUAUGAUUUAUACACCUUCGGACCCACUUCUCUUUGUUGCAGUGAAGGACAAAGAUGGUCUAUUGCAGAUUGCUGACGAUGAACUCUUGGAAGACCAGGCCAUUAUCAGCGCCAUAGACGAGGAAACUGAAUUUAAUGCCUUAGUGGAAGAAGAGGCUGCACUUCUUGAAUCAUUGUUGGGGGAAAGAUAAUCAGUUAUUAGAAUUGCUUUAGGUUUUGACAUUUUUUUUUUAUAUUGUGUUUUGAUUUGUGUAUAGUUAAAUUAAUCUGUUAAACAGCCUAUUUUGUCCCUUGAUUAUACCCAAUGGCAGAUGUAGCUUAUUACACUCUACGGGUCUACGGGUUCAACUGGAUUCAAUAUUUCGACACGAAACAUGAAUAUAUAGACUUUUGUUCAUUUUUAA